AUGCGUCUGACCGUCUCGACACUGUUCGCAGCCAGCUGCAUGGCUGUGCUGCAAUCCCAAAGCAAUGCCGCACCUCUGCCUGGUCAAGCGGCUGUCGCCGCACCUAUUCCAGGUCACUCGUCCGGACCCACGCCGGGCUCAGCGUUCGUGAGACCUACAGCCACCGCCUUUGCCUCUCCACGCACCGCUCCUACCGACGCACCGCGCCCAGCAAAGCUCAACGACGAGGCUGGUCUUAGCCCGGACGAUUUGUACGAUUUUUGGAGAGUUGCCAAUGUGGAUGAGAUCUCUGAGGGUGGCUCGGCACCGAGCAGCGGCAGAAUCAGCGGCAUGAAGGAGCUGCAAUACAUUUUACAGCUGGACAACAAGCGGUGGACCUCAGAGCUGGACAUGGUCGACCUGAAGCAGCAGCCUAACCUGCAAAAGAGAUCUCCAACGCCCGUAGCUCAAGCCAAUCAGGAUCAACCAACCGUGCCGCUCUCCACCCUGCCAUCCCCAACCUUUCCGGCAAACAUUCCGAGCUGUCCGAAAUGUCAGGAAAAGUAUUCGAGUCUGAGCUCCUGCAUGCAGGCCAGCUCCGUCUUUGAAAAUUCUACCAAUAUCUUCAACAGUCCAUGGGACUACAUUUCCGUCAUCAAAUGCGCCUGCACCGACACUUUCCAGGCCGUCUAUCCUCAGUGUGUGUGAGUAGGCAGCGUGCAGAAUAGGCGCAGGCUAGGUUUUGCAAGCAAGCAAGCAAGAGGGAAGGGGAAGACACUCAAGCCGUGUCCAGUGAAUCGCUCGUGAUGUGAGCUCCUUCAAGCGAUGUAAGCCUUGUGCUGACACCCUUUUCCGACUUUGAUUCUUUUUUGCGCCUCUGCAGUGACUGCUUGUGAGUAACAGCUCCUUGAUCACGUACUUGAGACUUCACAGCGGUGCUGUUGCCAUGCUACGAGCUCCCUGACUCAUGGCUGCGAAGGACAAGCAAGCAAACAAGCCCAAGUGUCUAACGUCGUUUCCGCCUUUCCCUGAUGCGUCACCCCACGAUCCCUCGAUCUGUCAGCCAAAACACCAACCGUGAGUCGCACAUGCUCCCGCUUACAGACUAGCGGCGGUGCCGAACUGCGAUUGACGGCUUUCCGCCAUGUCGCCCUGCAGAAUGCUGGUGGUUGGGAACAGACCCGGAAGGGACUGGCGCGCCUCAGAUCGUGACCAACAUGAGGUCCUUGUGCGGAUUGGGGAGCGCAUUGUUGGGCGGCGUGGCCAGCGCCAACAACGUCUCCGCCGUCUCCUCCAGCAGGACUUUCAGCGCAGUGACUACGUGAGUGUUCACAAUUCCGCGCGACUUGUCGACAAUACCACACGAUCGGGCUGACACGCACGCAAUGCGCGAGACGCAGUGGUGCUGGUUAUGAUACGGACCAGACGACAGGUUCAUUGUUUGGUAACUCGGCCUUUUCGCAGGCGGGCAUCGUGCCCAUGCUAGCAUUCAACCUCGUCGCUUUCAUCCUCGGAGCUGCACUCUUGCUGUGA